UUGAGGAGGGAGCUUCUUCCCAUCAGACCGGGCGCCAAGUGGAACAGUCGUGUCCGCAGUCUGCCUCAGCAGCGUCGCAAUGCCCUCAGACUCGCCGCUGUGAGUCACCUUAUUUGUCCUGAAGCGUUACUUUGGGACCGUCGUGCAGCGAAUGGAGAGGCUCCGAGGAUAACCGGAGGCGCAGGUUUUGCUUCUGCAGGAGACCUGCCGGGAGUUUCGCUCAGGACGAUUCACUGUCGCUUCUAGUAUUUCUGUACAUCUAAAGUCGCCUUGAAUGGAUGCAUCAUGGCCACGUUUAUAUGCCGGGUACAGUUUUUAGAUGACACGGACCCUUUUAACUGCACCAAUUUUCCCGAACCCACCAGACCACCUCUGUACACUUUCAGACAAGAUAUUCCUCUGAUAAAUCAGAUUGCUGGAGUCCACAGGCUGCUCAAAGCCCCGCACAAGCCUGAUGACUGCACCCUUCAGCUGUCCCAUAAUGGAAGCUACCUGGACUUGGAGUCCACGCUUGCAGAGCAGAGAGAUGAACUGGAAGGAUUUCAGGAGGAGGGAGGAAGAGGCAAGAAGUACAGUGUUAUUCUUCGAACCCAACUAUCAGUCAGAGUUCACGCCUGCAUUGAAAAACUGUACAACUCAAAUGGACGAGAGCUACGACGAGCCCUCUUUUCCCUCAAACAGAUUUUUCAGGAUGACAAGGAUCUGGUGCAUGAGUUUGUGGUGGCUGAAGGACUGACAUGUUUAAUAAAAGUGGGGGCUGAAGCCGACCAGAACUACCAGAAUUACAUCCUCAGGGCUUUCGGCCAGAUAAUGCUGUACGUGGACGGGAUGAAUGGUCUCAUAUCUCACAGUGAAACUGUUCAGUGGCUCUACACGCUGGUCGGAUCCAAGUUCCGCUUGGUGGUGAAAACGGCCCUGAAGCUGCUGCUGGUGUUUGUGGAGUACACAGAGUCGAACGCCGCCCUGCUCAUAAAGGCUGUGAAUAUUGUUGACGCUAAAAGAGGCACUAAACUGUGGUCCAACGUUAUGGAGAUUCUGGAUGAAAAGGAUGGAGUGGAUACAGAACUGCUGGUGUAUGCAAUGACGCUCAUCAAUAAGACGCUGGCUGGACUCUCAGACCAGGACUCCUACUAUGACAUGGUGGACUGUCUGGAAGAGCAGGGCAUUGAAACCAUGUCCCAGAGACACCUGAGCAGGAAGGGCACUGACCUCGAUCUCAUAGAGCAGUUCAACAUCUACGAGACAACUCUGCGCCAUGAGGACGGUGACGAUGAAACCCAGCUGCCCCCCUGUGGCCGUAAGGACCGCCGGCGGGUCAGCGUAGGUGGGAACGACGAGAGGCAAGGCCUGGAGAGAAGACGCAGCCGGCGACAUUCUCUCCACAACAGCAGAGGUCAUGCAUCUGCCCCGGCGUCACCCAGCAGCCCUCACGCUCACCCCAGCAGCUUCCUGCCGUUUAGCGGCCAACGUGUCGAUGACAUAAGUGAGAGAGAAGAAGAGGAGGAUGAGGAGGAGGAGGGAGAGGAUGAGGAAAGUCAUCCAGUCACUGAGUCUUCUAGCCAGGCCAUUCACAGUCAAACAGAUGCAUCGCAUACAAAUCAUGCAUCUCAUGCAAGUAGAGCGCCCUGCUGGGCUGAAAGAAUCAGUGGCAGUGGCACACCAUACCCCAGCCGGCACCAGAUGGUAACAGCAUCCAUCCAACGUUUGGCGAAUACAGCAGCUUCAGCAGCAGACCCCAAACCUGACAGGCCCGGUUUAGGGGGGUUGCUCACGUCUUCUUACAGACAGCAUCAAGAGUCUCUGGCUGCAGAGAGAGAGCGUAGGCGUCUUGAAAGAGAGGAGCGCCUACAGAGAAUCGAAAGGGAAGAGAGGAACCGCUUCAAUCGAGAUUAUGCAGACAAAAGAGAAGAAGCACGACAAGCCAGAGAGGAAAGGUACAAAGCCGUGGAGAGGCUUGCUGCGGAGGAGUCUGAACGUGAGCGUGCCAGAGCGCCAACAAGAGGACGGACGGAGAUCACUUUGUGUUUGAGUCCAACCCCGGCGAGCCGCUCAGCAUCACGCUGCUCCAUGCCUGCACCAUCCAUCAUCUCAGAGGAAGAUACGCCCAUAAAUGCACACCAGACAGCAGGAACAGAACACGCCGUUGAGCCAGACCUUGACCCACAGACCCGAACCAAAAGUCCAGCGCCAGAGUUAACAGUAUCAGAACCUUCCCCCACACCUCCCCCUGAGCUAGACAGGCAGCAGACGGAGUCUUCUGCAGAGAUGGAGGAUGUUUCAGAGACUCCGUCUGACCAGAAUGUAGCUGCAGAGGAGCAGGAAAAGGCUGAAGAGAAGAAGGAGGGCAUGAAUGAGAUGGAGGUAGGACAGCAGGUAGGAGUGGAAGGAGCAGAGGGAGAGCAAGAUGAGGAGUCUGGGAAGCAGGAACCCAUGGAAAGGAACAUAGAAGACGCCGUGCAGCUGAGUGAGAAGGAGAGACAGAAUGAGGAAGUGAACGAAAAGGAUAACUGCUCUGCAUCCAGCAUCUCCUCAACAAGCAGCACUCUGGAGAGGGAGGAGCGGGAGGAGAAACUCACCAGGAGCAUGCAAGCAGGUCAGUGGACGCAGUGCAUUCAAGAUGCAGAUGUGAGCAACCAGUGCAACAACAUCCUCAACAGCAAGCGCUUCAUGCUGGAUAUGCUCUAUGCUCAGAAGACCCCGAGCAGAGAAGACGAGAAUGUGGACAAGACUGAGGAAGAUGGGUGUAAAAGUGAAAUGGAGACAGAGGACGGCGAGUCUCCAGUGGUCAGUCUGGCCAGCAGGAUCUCCACACUGGAGGCCCACAGGCAGGCCAGAGAAGAAACUGUGAAAAAAAUGGAGGUGGGGCAUCUGGAUAACCAGGGCAGCGUCCGAGCAGUGGCAGAGAGGUUUGGAGAUUUAGUCAAAGGUCUGGCGUCUCCUGCUGAGGUUGAAGCUUUAAAAGAGCAGCAGAUUCAGAUGGACAAACUAGCCGCUGUGUCUGCGCCUUCACCCCCCAAGAAAGAGUCGGACUACAUUUGGGACCAGCUGAUGGCUGUGCCCAAAGAGCUACGGAUCAGAGAGAUGGACUUCACCGACCUGAGGGAGGAGGACGACGUGGACGUCUUGGAAAUGAACAGCAUGAUGGGAACAGAUGACAUCAUACCACCUCCGCCUCCUCCCCCAUGCAACGCUGCCCUGCCGCUUCCCCCGCCCCUUUUCCCGUGCCCCCCACCUCCUCCCAUCCUUAGCAAGAUGGCGCCCCCACCUCCACCAUUCAUGGUCCCCAUCCCUCCGCCAUCGCCUCAGUUAGGCCGAGGAGAUGUUCCUGUCUUCCAGAAGAAGAAGAAGACUAUUCGGCUCUUCUGGAACGAGGUGCGCCCGGUGGACUGGCGCUGUAAGAACCAUAAAUUCUGUAAGGAGUCACUGUGGUCCAAACUGGAGCCAAUAAAACUGGACACAUCCAAGCUGGAGCAGCUGUUCGAGACCAAAUCCAAGGAGCUUCCUGUUAUGAAGAAAGCAGCAGUUGAUGGGAAACGACAAGAAAUCAUUGUGCUGGAUUCUAAACGGAGCAAUGCUAUAAAUAUCGGCUUGACUGUCUUACCACAUCCUCGCACCAUCAAGACUGCUAUUCUCAAUUUUGAUGAGUACGCACUCAACAAGGAGGGCAUCGAGAAAAUCCUGACGAUGAUCCCCACAGAAGAGGAGAAGCAGAGAAUCCAGGAGGCUCAGCUGCUCAAUCCCGACAUCCCACUCGGAAGCGCCGAGCAGUUCCUGCUCACGCUCUCCUCCAUCACGGAGCUGUCAGCCCGCCUGCAACUGUGGGCCUUCAAGAUGGACUACGAGGUCAUCGAGAAGGAAGUGGCAGAACCUCUUCAGGAUUUGAAGGAAGGGAUGGACCAGUUAGAGAAGAACAAGACGCUCCGCUACAUCUUGACCACGCUGUUGGCCAUCGGCAACUUCCUUAAUGGCACCAAUGUGAAGGGCUUCCAGCUGAGCUACUUGGAGAAGGUCCCAGAGGUGAAAGACACGGUCCACAAGCAGUCCCUGCUGCACCACGCCUGCUCCAUUGUGGUGGAGAAAUUUCCAGACAGCACCGACCUCUACUCUGAGAUCGGAGCCAUCACCCGCUUGACAAAGGUGGACUUUGACCAUCUUCAAGACGAUCUGGCCCAGAUGGAACGGAGGUGCAAAGCCUCAUGGGAUCACCUGAAGGUCAUUGCAAAGCACGAGAUGAAAUCAGCGUUGAAACAGAAAAUGUUGGACUUCUUAAAAGACUGCGCCGAGAGAAUUAUUAUUCUGAAGAUUGUACAUCGAAGAAUAAUCAACAGGUUUCACGCCUUUCUUCUGUUCCUGGGACAUCCCAUGUACGCGAUACGUGAGGUCAGCAUCCAUCGCUUCAGUAAGAUCCUCAGUGAAUUUGCUCUGGAGUAUCGCACAACCAGAGAGCGCGUACUGCAGCAGAAACAGAAGAGGGCUAACCACCGAGAGAGGAAUAAGACCAGAGGGAAAAUGAUCACGGACAGUGGUAAAUUUGGUGGCGCUUCAUCAGACACACAGGGGAGUCAACCUCAGGGUAUCCAGAAUGCUGAAGAUGCAGCCGAACAUGAGAACAUGAAGGCUGUACUGAAGAGCAGCUCGCCGUGCAGCGACAGCAGCUCAUCCACGGUGCCUGGCCUCCGCGCACGCACCAGGGCCAGCAGCACGAGAGGGCGUGUUCCUCCAUGGUGCACGGCAAAUGGCGACCCAGUGAACUGCACAGACGAUACAGCCGAUGAGAUCAUGGAGAGAAUUGUUAGGUCAGCAACUCAGGUACCCAGCCAGCGGACGCAACCUCGAGAGAGGAGACGAUCCCGCGUCAACCGGAAAUCACUGAGGAGGACGCUGAAGAAUGGCAUGACCGCAGAGGAGGCCGGGGUUCUGGGCUUGUCCAGUGGCUCAGAGAUGCAGGUGUGAGCUGGAUCAAGAUCUCAUCGGACGUUAAUGACAUGUUGGAAAAAAAUUCCACCCACCCCUCAAAAGCGCGCAUCCAACCUGUCAACCCACACCACUGCGGUUUGGCGUCGCAUUGACCUCAUGAUGCGCUUUGUUUCACUAAAGUGUUUCAUCGAGUGAGCGAUUUCGGUUGCAUACGUACGUACAGAAGAGCAGCUCUACAUUCAAACCACUACGCUUUGCUUCGCUGGAUUCGUGAGGCUGAAUCAAUCUUUUUUUUUUUUACAUGACAACACAUGCAAACUGCAGCUUUUCAGGAAUGCAAAAGGCUGAAAGGCGUGCAGGACAGAGCCGGCUUUCUUCUGUGCUGUGGUAGUUUUUCUUUCUACUCGCCUUGCUGCAGAAAGAGCUCAAAUAAGACUGCACUGGAUGGAAUCGCUGGGCAUCGUCGGAAUGUGAAAUUUUUGACACUGAUGAAACCACUCUGACAUCUAAACAGUUUUAACCAGCAACUAAAGAGUAGCACAAGUUUUUUAAGGCCACAUAUUCAUGACAGAUGGGCAUCUGAUGCUUUGGUAAAUUUUACAGGAUAAUCAGGGUUUUAUCUGAGCAAAAACAAACAAAAAAUUCAUAAAGACAACUGUGGAGAAUGCUGGUCUGGUGAUAUUUUCACAUUAACAUCUUGCAAACUUUAUUUUUUUCUUUAGCAUUGAUGCAGCUUCACAUCACGCAGUGAAGAGUAUAUCUGGAGCAAAGUGCAAUGUUACUGGUGAGCGAAUGUUCGGUAACCACACAAUGAGCUGUACGUCUCAGUGCCUUUAUUUAUUAAGAUGUGUUCAGGGACAUAUACGUGGAGAAAAUGUUCAGUCUGUUGUGCAUUAUUCAGGAGCUGUGAUUUUUGUUUUGGUUUUUGUUUUAUUUGUCCUUGUAUCAUUUCUCCUUGCUUUCACAUUCUCUCUCGGAUCAAGCAGCUUGAUAUGAAGGCAGAUUUAGAUUUGUAACCUGCUGCCUAAUUAGGCCUCGUGUCAUUAUGCUCCACACCUUGGCAAAAUAUACCAAUUCUCCCUACCACAUAUAGUCCACUCAGAGCCACUGCCGUAUUAUUAUUAUUAUUAUUAGAAUAAUUUUGAUGAGAUUUACAGUCUGCCGUACUUCUGAUGGUGCUGUAACUGAUGGAGUCAGCGUUAAAAAUACAUGGAAAAACUAACAUACAUGAAUACAUGGAUGUUGAAGACGUAAUGCAUUAAGGGUCGAUCGAUAUGUGGUAGAGAGAAUUACAACAGGCCAAGCCUAAUAUGUAGCCUAACUAGCAUCACUGGAAAAAUGCCAUUUUAGUCAAGUAAAAUUUUAAUGCAGACAAAUGUCUGUUUUAACAUCUUUCAGAAGCCAUUCAAUGAGUCCCAGUGCACGUUUUUUUAAUGCAGCUAUUUUUUUUUUUGUGCACUCAAUCAGCUUUUAGUUCAUUUUGAACGGUUUUCACAAAAAAAAAAAAUUGAAUAAAUAAUUUCCAUAUUAUCUGAUUCAAUCACAAACUGUCACUGUGAUGGAAGCACAGCCAUUCUGUGCAAACAUCAACAAACGGUUAAAGCUACAUGAAGCCACACCAGCGGACCCCCCCCGACCGGAUAUGACUCUGCACCUUAAGACUGUGCGUGUAGUUUACAAACUCUAUUAGAAGUAAAGCAGAAGUGUUGGAGACGAGCUUGUGUGUCUCGGAUUGUGCCGCAACGUGUAGCAAACACACAUGGUGUCAAGUAGCUCACAGGAAUGCUGUAAAAUUCUGUAAAUGUCAUGUUCAUCUCUUGUUGCCCAUGUGUAGAAUAGUGUAUUAUAGACUAAAAGCAGUAUUAUUUUAAGUAUUAAUUUAAACAAACCAAGCAAUGCAUGGUUCCAAACUGUCACUUCUGCUCAAUAAAAAGGGAGGUUCACUUUGGAUUCUCACAGCUGCA